UCGCUUCCUACAAUGCAUAGUUUCUCUCCUCAAGUUCUAGUUCGAGGCAGGAGAACCAGCUCAUUCUCGAUUGUGGAGAGCCCUGUUCGCACCAGUUGUCAAGCGACUGUAGUGCUGUUCGUUUCCGUGACGGGAACUCUGCUCUAUUUCACACUCAGGCGUCCAGUCUUCCUCUAGACUCACUGCCCGACGAUGCCUCAACCCAAGCCUUCGUCGCAGCUCUGGCAAGACUUCGCCUUCUGCGACAUCAUCGGCGAGGGCCAGUACGGCAAGGUAUGGCGCUGCGUGGACCGCGCUUCGGGCCAGCCAAUGGCGUGCAAGCAGAUCCGCACCGCGGGCCUAUCAGAGGCCGAGAUGGCCGAUCUUCAACGGGAAAUUUUCUCUCUGUCACUUCUGGGGAACCACGAGAAUAUUCUGACGCUGGCGCACGUGUACACGGAUGACAAGGCCGUGUAUCUUGUAACGGAGCUGUGCAAUGGCGGGGAUCUGUUCGACCUCGUCGAUCGCUCGAACAACGGUCUGGAUGAGGCGUCUGCGUCGAAGAUUUUCGUCCAAAUCAGCCGCGCCGUGCGGUGGUGUCACGCGCACCGCGUCGUUCACCGCGACAUCAAACCAGAGAACAUCCUCCUCACCAAGUCCACCAAUGAGACUGCUUCUAACGCAGAUAAUUUGUCCGUCCGUCUCGCGGAUUUCGGGUUGGCGUUUCAGCUGAAGCCGGGGUGUGCGAUGGUUGGAAUCGGCGGGAGCGUACCGUACGAAGCACCUGAAAUGCUGGCGGAGCAACCGUACAACACCAAGGCGGAUGUGUGGUCUCUCGGCGUUCUUCUCUACUCCAUGCUCACUGCCACGUGGCCCGCGUUUCCCCAAAACCGGCGUCAGCUGACCCCGAGCGAUUUCCGGAGCGCGGGGUGGGCGAAAUUGUCGAUCGCGGCCCGGGAUCUAAUCUGCCGAAUGAUGAUCGUCGAUCCUGAGCAGAGAAUUGACAUCGACGGUAUCAUAUCACACCCGUGGCUCGCACAGGCCCGGCGUUCUGUCCCGAGGCAGUCGUCGAGGGUGCUCCAACUGCAGCAGCAGCAGCAGUCGCAGCAGCAGGAGGUAGCUACUCUAUCGCAGGUAAUCCAUGCUACCGAGUCUCAGACCCAGCUUCGGCAACCGAACCUGUCCGUGAAGCAGUCGCGCCUUUCUGCUGGCGCAGUAACCUCGGCUGCGCGCAGCGCAACUGCCGCUAGUAAGGCCAAGCGCGACGCAGCAGCUUCGCUCCUCGAGCUCGUCGUGCGGAGUCUGCAGUCGCCGCCCUCGUCGCCCUCUGCCUUGGCGACAGCGUCGCCCGCAGUGUCGCCUGACCGCACGCAUCCCAAGAAGAUCCCUCGCACUGGUGGCUCGAGCGACAAUCUUUUCGCAGACGCUUCGUUCGGAACCAGCGCCAAUUCAUCAAUCUCCAGCCAGACGAUUUCAUUCGAGAACCCGCCGCCGAUGAAGAUUGACCUCAACGAAGACGCUACUAACGCGUUCAAGUCGCGCCCUGCGAGCCUCCGCUCGUUUGAGGCUGAUUCGUCACCCUCUAUAUCAGCGUCCUCGUCAGCCUCUUCCUCGGGAGUCUCCGAAUUCUUCACCCCGAUCUCGUCUCCCGAGCCUCGUCAGAAGCCGAGCUACCACCUCUUUUUCCGUCCCAGGCCGUCUCUCCUGGGCGUUCAGAUCUGAGCCGCUUGUACAGAAGCCGUCUGGUUUGAACGUGACACCUGAGCCAUUUCUUCUUUCAUUUCAGCCGUCUGCCACUUGAUUUAAGGGUCGACGGUCGACGGGUGUGAAGGGCUGAAUCUGCUUCAGGGAUACGACCCCGUUUUUUUUGCGCUGGCAGCAGCUGGUGUACACCACGGGUCUGUUUCUCCUGUGCCUCAUGCCUGUAACACCCAGAACAGCGCUCUUCUCACUCUCCGAAUAUCCUUUUUGCAGCAUCCGUCAGGCUGUUGCUGUAUCUCCUCUCAUCUCCUCGCCCUACUUGCAGUAGCAACCUGGCUGGUGCUGUGUCUCUUUAUCUCUUUUUGCAGUAUCAACCAGGUUGGUGCUGUGACUGUUAUCUCUUUUUGCAGUACCAUUGUGCUUGGUGCUGUAUCAUAUGUUUGUUUUCCAGCUUGCUGACUGCUGGUCAUGAGGCGCCCAUUCCAUGGCCUGUUAGCCGGCAUGCUGUUUGUUGGUAUUUUAUCAUUCUUUAGUUUCAUGCUUCGGAGGCAAGAAAAUAUAUCAAGCCUUGGUGAAAUUUUAAUUAUUUUCGUCGACGUUCUUGCUGGCGGAUUGGUGUACCCCUGUCCACAUUCAACAAAAUGAAGAUAUGGGUUGUGGAAUGACACGUCAAUUGUGGACCAACCAUGUGACGUCAAAUUCUCCACGCUAGCGUCAUCCCGCCUGACACUGUCAAGGUGCAAUCCCCGAGAAUUCCAGUUGGCCUGUCCCGCAAACUUCACACU